GAGUAGUAGUUCCGUGGGGCGCUCGUACCCGCGGCCCCGGCGGUCGCGCCACUGCACGCCGCCAGCACACAGCGACUCCUCCGCCCCGACCCUCCGGCCCCGCCGGGGCAGGUCGCGCAAGCGGGGGCGGGCCUCUGUGCCGUGCGGCCAAUCGGGACUGGGCCUGAAGGCUGGGGCGGGGCGGCCCCGGAGAGACGCCCCGAGUGGCGGUUGUUUCAAGAUGGCGGACGUGGCGGGCCCCUCCCGCCCGGGCGCGGCGGCGUUCUGGAGCCGGGACUUUUCUGAUGAAGAACAAUCAGUAGUAUAUGUUCCAGGAAUUUCUGCAGAAGGAAAUACCAGAUCAAGACACAAGUUGAGUCCAAAAGCUGAUGUUAAACUUAAGACUUCCAAGGUUACUGCUGAUUCAGUCACCAUGGAGUCUUUAGAAGGUGCAGGAGACUCAGUAGAUGAACAGAAUUUCUGCAGGGGAGGAAUAAAGAGUGCAUCAUUGAAGGAUUUAUGUCUCGAAGACAAAAGGCGCAUUGCAAAUUUGAUUAAAGAACUGGCCAGAGUCAGUGAAGAAAAGGAAGUGACAGAGGAACGACUCCGAGCUGAGCAGGAAUCGUUUGAGAAGAAGAUCAGGCAGUUGGAGGAACAGAAUGAACUGAUCAUCAAAGAAAGGGAAGCUCUUCAGCUACAGUAUAGAGAAUGCCAAGAACUCCUAAGUCUCUAUCAGAAAUACCUAUCAGAACAGCAGGAGAAGCUCACCAUGUCUCUCUCAGAACUUGGUGCUGCUAAAAUGCAGGAACAACAGGUGUCCAAUAGGAAAAGCACUCUUCAGUCUUCAGCUGGGGAAUUGGAUGGCUCCUACUUGAGUGUAGCCAAAUCACAAACCCGCUAUCAAACCAAGCAGAGGCCUAUGUCUGCAAUCCAGAACUCUGCUUCAGAAUCCCUUGUUGAGUUUAGGAAUAAUUCUUUGAAACCAGCAGACUUUCAUUACCCCAAAAAGGAUCUAGACAGGGUGCCAGUAGAGACCAGGACAUGUGAUUAUGGAUCUCCUGGGAGAAAACUAGUAGAUGCAGUUCCUACAGAGAAAGCCCUACCAGUGGAAUUGAAGAUGAAAGAAUGCCAACACCUGAAGCCUACUUCAUCCAGUCAGUGUUGUGGUCAUAGACUUUCUGAAAAUGAAGACCAUGUUCAUGAAAGUCAGCCUACGCAAAUGGCCCCUCAAUAUUCCAAAACACAUCUGGAAUCAUGCAGUAAUUGUGGGAUUUCCUGGACAUCCCUGUUGCAUGGUCAAGGGGCACAGCAGUCUAGUGAAACUGAUGUCAAAAAGCAACUCUCAGAAAAUAGAAGGCACCAACUUAUGCUUCAGAAGAUGGAGCUGGAAAUUGAAAAAGAGCGCCUUCAGCAUCUGCUGACACAGCAGGAGACAAAGCUUCUCUUAAAACAGCAGCAGCUUCAUCAGUCUCGACUGGAUUAUAAUUGGUUAAGAAAUCAAGCUGUAUUUAAGACAAGAGAACUCAUUGCCGCUAAAGAGUUUACUAAAGCCCAAGGACUCAAUCUGCAUAUGAAUGGGGAAGACUCUGGACCAAGUUUAUUGAAGUCAAAAUAUGCUGACUGGGUGCUGGGAGCAUCAUCAUCCAUCAAAAAGUACCAGGAGUCCACUAACAGUGGCGAAAAUAGAAAAGAGAAGAAGACAGUUGGGUUUCACGCACAAACAGAAGAUGAUGCCCUAUGGACAUGUCAAAAGAAAGAUGCAUAUCGUUCCCAGAGAGGGACAAAGGCAGGAAUUAGAAAAGAUGCAUCCACAUCUCCUAUGACAACAGGAAGCCAAAAGGAGCUUGUAACCACAACCACAUCAUCACUGCAGCAAGACAGUGCCCGGUAUGAGACAUCUCUGUUGGAUUUGGUUCAGUCUCUGAGUCCAAAGUCUGCUCCCAAAUCUCAGCCGCAUCCCUCCAGAGAAGCUGGAGCCUGGAAUCACAGUACUUGCCGACCCAGUCCUCGAAAAUCAAUCUGGAACAAGGUGGGGGCAGGUAGGACCCCUGAAGACCUAGAGGAGAAUCAAAUUCUGGAAGAUAUCUUUUUCAUUUGACAUUGAAACACAUGCUACAAAAUUUCCAUCAGAAAUGUGUGGGCUUCUUUAUGUACUGAUCUAGGAUGUUAAAUUAUUUGAUGGCAAAGUAACCAUGUCUCUCCUAUACUAGCAUCCUGUUAUGUAUUGAACAUAGAAAUCAUUCUACGAACCUGGAUUGAUUUUGGUCAGACCAAUCAGUAGAGAACACAUUAAGGGGUUUUUGGGGUGGAGGGCAGAAUCUUUUCUAGGCCAAACAGAGAUUAGAAAAUUAACAUAGGACCUUUCUACGUGCAGAGGCCGUGGCAUAUUCAGCCUGAUUUCAAGAGCAUUUCCUUCUCAAUACUCAAUUGGAAAAGGUUGGCUUUCUUUUGUACACAAGGAAAACGUUUUCACUGAAAGAUCCCUCUGACUUAAAAGUAGCCCCUUUGUAACAUAAGUGUUCAGAAAGACAGACUCUUUGCGUCCACCUCUCCUUUACCUCUGUCCCUCACUGCCUGCCUCUCUCUGUGUACGCGUGGCCACUGGAUCCCAAAGUUGGAGCUGGUGCACCUACCCUCACAAACAACACUAAGGACCAAUUGUGAGUGACCAUUGUCAGUAAUCAUCAGCCCGGCAGUGGCCCAUCCCUUAACCAAGGGGCACAGUGGGCUAGAGGGAGGGACCCACUCAACCCUUGGAAGCCAGCAUUAAAUCCCACAACAGAGUGACUACCCUCGGGAAAUAAAAUGGAGGCACAGGCCUGAAAUGCUUCUCCUGCCAUCCGCUCAUUUCCCAGGAUAAAGAAGAGCAAUAUCUCAGUACGUUUUAUUGACUCGAGUGUCUAUAUUCUUCACUCUUUUGAACUGCCCAUGGCUGUAUCUCGGGAAGAUGUCGGAGCUAGAGAGGAGCAUCAGCCACUUGAUGAGCUUUCCCUGGUCCUCCCUCUUACCUAUGAGGACCAAAGGCCCUGGGUUGACCAGGCCUUUUAUGUGCUCUGCUCUGGGUCACUGUCCCACUGUCCCAUGACCUCAAAGAACUAUCUCUACUUGCCAGAUUCUCCUCCACCACCCCAAGCAGAGUCUCCCCUUCUUUCCUACUGGGCCUCCACUUGACCCAGAGAAGGCCUGUGGAAGAAAUAUCCUUGAGGCCUUGUUUCCUCCUCUCUGUUCUCCUGUUCAACAGGGCUCUUGAGAUGGGUCCUUCAGCUUACAGUGGGCUCUGGUAGGUUCAUGUGCCAAUGGGCAGCACGAUGAGCCUGGUAGAGCCAAUGAGUUUAAAACUUCCCAGCCAUUGGAAGCAAGGGGAAAAUGUGUUCCCAGAGAUGUAUACUCAAUGACUUUAUUUGAUCUGGAGGGUAUUACUUUUUUUUCCCUCUCCCUUUCACCAACUCCAGGCUUGAAGUGGGACCAAGAGUUUUUGUCAGUUAGCACUGGUAGCCAAAGUCAGACCAUUCAGUGCAAACUACAUUUAGUGAGCCUGCAUGGCUUCCCUGAAAUCUUUAUCAAAACUGUAUUAUUUCAGCCUACAAAAGCCUAUUAAACAGAUACCUUAUCUGAAUGGAUCUAAAUCUCACUGUCUCUUUGGGAUGAGGCCCUGUCAACUCCAGUCAUCCUUCCUUUACUUGGAUCUUUUUGUUCUUUGGAAGAUAGAAGAAUGGAACCUACCAAUACCAUAUCCUUAAUUUGAGGUCAAGAUUAACUAGUCUUAGGCGUCCAAUUGAAAAGUUGAAAAGGCAUUGCAGAUUACAAUAUCCUUUUAAAAUUCACCCCUGUGAGAGUAACUAAGUCCAUUUUGUCCCAUUUCAGAAAGUGUUUGGAAAAUGAGUUUCCUUAGGUGUGGCAGAAUGGGUAGAAGCAAACUGAGAGCCCUCAGCCAUUUUGUCACUUAAACUUAAGUUUCCAGAACUUUCUUUUCCUUGCCCCAAGUGUCAUAAGCACCUUAAGUACAUCAGUCUCUUGGAUCAGCCAUAACUACACUCUACCAUUUGGACACCAGUGUCUUUACAGAUCUCCAGAGUAAGAGGGUGCUGGAAAGACCAAGAAAAGGAUUAUGAUUUCUUUAAGAAGCUUGUUUGCCUUUAGAAGAAUCAUAAAUGAGAUUUAAACUGAGGUCUUUUGGGGUGAGGCUGUCACAUGCCACAGAUUGGAGUUUAAUUGCUUCUUUACCUCCCCCUGCAUGAGCAAUUUGGAAGAGCAAAGAUGAUUUUCAGCAGAGUGUCAAUCAGCAUAUUUUUCAUAUGCUACAUUCCCCCACCAGUUGCCUUUCUCUAUCCUGUGGGUAUUUCUUGUGUGUCAGGGCAGUAGGAUGUGAAUUUGUGGCUAAUCCAGUAUAUUCCUUAUAAAUUGAACCGUGUAUGUUAACAUCUUAAUCUGUCUUAUGUUGAGAUACAUACAAAGGUUGUUGUAGAGCCUGGAAGCUUGACCUAAUUGCAGAUAUCCUACGGAAAGAGGGUCUGACACGGAGGGGUAUGCUUUUCUUCCUGGUAAAGUGCUCCCAACAGUGACUGGCUUCCUUCAGCUGCUUCCUGAAAGCAAGGCUGGAUACAUAUUAGGGGAGGUGCACAUAGUGCCCCAACAUUGCCCACCCUGCUACCCACCAUUCUGUGAGAGAAAAACCAAUCAAUGUUUGCAAAAUGGGAAAAGACAAAGUAUGUCCACCCAAGCUCCCUACAAGGGCACAAGGGCCCGAUUUAGGAAACCAAGGUUAAUCAAGGAAAAGCUUUGGCCAACAGUCAUCCUUCCUGGAGGCACACUUGUGUUCAUCCAAACCUGCCCCCCAUGGUGGGGACUUAGCUAGAAAACCCCAAACGUCAUGGGGAAGGAGGGGCUCUCUCCUUCAGAGCUGCCCUUUGCACUUGGCCCCACUCCCAACACCUGGCUUCUCUGAGAAAUUUGCUACCUGGAAACUCUGGGAAUGAAUAGGCCUAAAGGAGAGACCUGGACAAAGAAUGAGGUCAUUAAUGGGGUGGAGACUACGGCAGGCUCCUCCCAGGUCAUGCUUUCCCCUCACCUCAGUGAACAUUGUUUUUAAUGUGGGUAAUUGCUUAUAUAUGUGAGAGAUUUUAAGUUAAUAAAUUAUCUCCAUGGCUAUUCUCCCCA